AUGAUUUCUUAUGUAAAAAGAUGCUUUACAGAAGCACGCAGCUACAUUAGAAAUUUUUGUAUAGUGGCACACAUUGAUCAUGGGAAAUCUACUCUGGCCGAUAGAUUUCUUGAGCUUACAGGCACAAAAGUCGAUAAAGCUCAAGUUCUUGAUAAACUGGCAGUAGAAAGAGAAAGAGGUAUCACAGUAAGAGCGCAGACAGCUACAAUGAACUAUGAAUACAAAGGACAUCAAUACUUACUUAAUUUAAUUGACACUCCUGGUCACGUUGAUUUCUCUUAUGAAGUAUCCAGAAGCCUCAGAGCUUGCCAAGGUGCGAUUCUACUUGUUGAUGCCACAGCAGGAAUUCAAGCUCAAACUUUUUCAACAUUCUACCAAGCCUUUGAAGCCAACCUUGAAAUAAUUCCAGGAGUAAAUAAAAUUGACCAUCCCUCAGCUGUCCCAGAACUCGUUGUAGAGCAGUUAAAAACCCAUUUUGACUUACACAAUCCUUUUAUGGUAUCUGCUAAAACUGGGCAAGGCGUAAAAGAGCUAAUAGAAGCUGUCAUAGAAAAAGUGCCUCCACCUCCAGGCAACACAGAUGGGAGGCUUCGAUGUUUUUUAUUUGACUCCUGGUAUGAUUGGCUAAAUGGUGUAAUUUGUGCUAUUGAAAUUGUUGAUGGAAGAUUGCAAAAAGGAGACCGUAUAAGGUCUAUAAAUAAUGGAAAAACAUAUCAGGUCCAUGAAAUUGGGUUUAUGAGACUAGAAUUGGAGCCUAGAAAUUCUCUGGAAAGCGGACAAGUAGGGUAUGUUGUUCUUAAUAUGAAAGAAACCAGUGAAGCUUUGAUUGGGGACACUUUUUGUAUGGUUGAUGAUAAAGAUAUUGUGCCCUUUGAAGGUUUUAAAAAGUCAAAAUGCAUGGUUUUUUCUGGAGUUUUCCCGAUUGAUCAAGAAGAAUGUGAAGAUCUUAAUAAAGCUCUUAUGAAGUAUAACUUAGAAGAUAGAAGUUUGGUGAUACAAAAAGACCAAAGUGCAGCGCUAGGCAAUGGCUUCAGAUGUGGAUUUUUAGGUCUUCUUCAUAUGGACAUUUUUAAAGAAAGACUUGAUAGAGAGCAUAAAAUUAGUGUAAUAAUGACCCCUCCAAGUGUCCCCUACAAAGCCAUCCUUAAAGAUGGCACUGAAAUUUUGAUAGAAAAAUGUAAUGAGAUGCCUGACAAAUUCAAAAUAAAAACUUUUCUUGAACCUAUGGUCUCAAUAACCAUCGUCAUCCCAAAUGAAUAUUUAGGCGACGUUAUGUCCUUUUGCCUUCAGCACAGAUCUAAACAAGACGAAAUUGUCAAUAUAGACACCAAACAUGUCUUGCUAAGAUAUUCUUUACCUUUAUCAGAAAUUAUAGUCGACUUUUACGACUGCUUGAAAUCAAUCACUAAAGGAAUGGCAACUAUGGACUACGAGCAUAAAGACUACAGAGAAGCAGACUUAGGUAAACUCGUAGCUAUGAUUAAUAGUGACCCUAUUGAUGCACUUACUUUUCUAGUGCACCGUUCCCAGGCUUAUGAUAAAGCAAAGAUCCUUGUAGAGAAACUGAAAGAAAAUAUCCCUGGGCAGCAGUUUGAUAUUUCUAUUCAGGCCUCAUUUGAUGGGAAGGUAAUAGCUAGUCAAAAAAUAAGACCUUUCAGAAAAGAUGUAUUGGCUAAACUUUAUGGGGGAGAUCAGACGAGAAAAAAUAAAUUGCUGGAUAAACAAAAAAGAGGGAAAAAAAAGAUGAAAAUGAUUGGGAACGUUGAAGUUGACCCUGCAACUUUUCAAAAUAUUCUCAGAAAUUAA